UUUUCUCUCUUGACCCGAGAACCAAACAGGUCGGUCUCUCACGAACGCGUGAUUUUUAGUGUUUUUUUAUAUAUAUAGACUUUAGGUAAUAAGAUUAGACGGUUCUUCUUCCCAGACACGAAGAAGAAAGGGUCUUUUUUUUAUUUGUUUCCGAUAAAUAGAUCGAGCAAGUUUCAGUUUCGGACAUUCACACCAAUUUUAAGACGCAACGAAGGGAGAGAUUUGAUUGAUGGCUUGGAGGCGCAUCAUCACCAAGGUUUCGAGUCAUGAACGUGAAUUGAGCAGUUUAAGAAGCUUACUUGUCAGAGCUUACACUUCACUGCCCAGAGUCGGAGGAGUUAGUAGAGCUGUCGGUGGUGGUGGAGGAGCUUCUUUACCGCAAACGAGAUUUCAAUCAAGUUAUGUUGGUAGUUUUGCUCGGAGAGUGCGUGACAGAGAGGAGGUUAAUGAGGUUGCACAUCUGAGAGAACUUUAUCGAAGAAAUGACCCUGAGGCUGUUAUCAGAAUGUUUGAAAGCCAACCAUCUUUGCAUGCCAAUGCCUCUGCGCUGUCUGAAUACAUCAAGGCAUUGGUCAAAGUUGAUAGGUUGGAUCAAAGUGAGCUGGUACCAACAUUGCAAAGAGGUAUCGUUGGUGCUUCAAGGGAGGAAGAAACUUUUGGAGGUAUGGCGGCUUUUAGAAACCUAGGGAAACCAACAAAAGAUGGUGCCCUUGGAACUGCUGCUGCACCAAUCCAUACGAUAUCCACUGAAAGGACUAACUUUAAAGAACAGCUAUGGAGUACAAUCCGAACUGUUGCAGUUGGGUUUUUACUCAUUUCUGGUAUUGGAGCACUUAUCGAGGAUAGAGGAAUUGGCAAAGGACUUGGUUUACACGAAGAAGUGCAACCUAGUAUGGAUUCGAGCACCAAAUUUACUGAUGUAAAGGGUGUUGAUGAAGCAAAAGCUGAGUUAGAGGAAAUUGUGCAUUAUCUGCGUGACCCCAAGAGGUUCACUCGUCUGGGCGGCAAGCUUCCUAAGGGUGUGUUGCUAGUCGGUCCUCCUGGCACAGGGAAAACUAUGCUUGCUAGAGCUAUUGCCGGAGAAGCUGGAGUGCCUUUCUUCUCCUGCAGUGGUAGUGAAUUUGAAGAGAUGUUUGUUGGAGUUGGAGCCAGAAGAGUUAGAGAUCUUUUUAGUGCUGCAAAGAAGUGCUCCCCUUGUAUUAUAUUUAUCGACGAAAUAGAUGCUAUUGGUGGAAGUCGUAAUCCCAAGGACCAGCAAUACAUGAAGAUGACAUUGAACCAGAUGCUUGUUGAGUUGGAUGGGUUUAAACAGAAUGAAGGUAUUAUUGUGGUCGCAGCUACAAAUUUCCCAGAGUCAUUGGAUAAGGCCCUGGUUAGACCUGGGAGGUUUGAUCGCCAUAUUGUUGUACCUAACCCAGACGUGGAAGGUCGACGCCAGAUUUUGGAGUCUCACAUGUCAAAGGUACUUAAGGCUGAGGAUGUUGACUUAAUGAUCAUCGCCAGAGGAACGCCUGGAUUUUCUGGCGCUGAUUUGGCGAAUCUGGUCAACGUUGCUGCUCUUAAAGCUGCCAUGGACGGUUCGAAAGACGUCACAAUGUCUGAUCUUGAGUUUGCCAAAGAUAGAAUCAUGAUGGGAAGUGAGCGUAAAUCUGCAGUUAUAUCUGACGAGUCAAGAAAACUGACUGCUUUCCAUGAAGGUGGUCAUGCUCUUGUUGCCAUCCACACAGACGGUGCUCUACCAGUCCACAAAGCAACCAUUGUGCCUCGUGGUAUGGCUCUUGGCAUGGUUUCUCAACUACCGGAUAAAGAUGAGACGAGCAUUUCUAGGAAACAGAUGCUUGCUCGGCUUGAUGUUUGUAUGGGAGGCCGGGUUGCUGAAGAGUUGAUUUUUGGGGAAAGUGAGGUAACUUCAGGUGCUUCUUCUGAUCUCGAGCAGGCUACUAAACUCGCGAGAGCCAUGGUCACGAAAUUCGGUAUGAGCAAAGAGGUUGGUCUUGUGGCACAUAACUACGACGACAAUGGUAAAAGCAUGAGCACUGAGACGAGGCUUCUCAUUGAGAGAGAAGUGAAACUUCUUUUGGAAAAGGCUUACAACAAUGCGAAAAACAUCCUCACGGUUUACAACAAAGAGCUUCAUGCCCUUGCAAAUGCUUUGCUUCAGCAUGAAACUCUGUCUGGUAAGCAGAUUAAAGAAAUGCUUACAGAUCUCAACUCUCCACAGCUGCAAAAGCGUCAAGAAGUAGUUGCGAAGCAAAGCAACCCGGUUCCUCCAUCAACCCCUAGCUCAGCAUCAUCAGCAGCUGCAGCAGCCGCCGCAGCCGCAGCUGCCGCCGCUGCAGCUGCUGCAACCGCCGCAACCAAAGGUAAAGACAUGGCUCCUGUAGGGUCUUGAAAAUAAAAAAAAAGCCUUUAGUAGAGAAGGCGUUUUUCUUGUAUUUGUGUAUGUUUGGGGUAAUUGAAUUGGGAAUAACUCUAUAUUUUGAGAGUUUUUAGAACCAGUGAGAGGCUAGUGAGAGAGUUAAGAGUAUUAAGAUUAGGACAAUGAGAUUAACAUCUCAGGUUUUUCAAUGUCUCAAAUCUCACAACACACGGAAUCUCGCUGUGAAAUGGUAUGUGUUCUCUUUUUCUCUUAAAUUGUUACUUGGAAUCUCGUGGGAUGUUAUUUUAUAAGUUUGGCUCGUACAGUUUCAGGUUACAUUAAUGCUAAAAAGCCUGCUUGUAAGACUUAAUGCAAUAAAUUUUAUAACC